AUGUACUGUAACAUGGACCUGAAGUUUGACUCUAUAGACGCUUCUAUCACAGAGCCGUCCAUGCCCGAGGCAAAGAGCCCGCAGGGAGUGGCGUACAGCGACCUGCCCCACAUUGUCAACGCGGACGGACUGCACCUGUUCUGCCGCUACUGGGAGCCCAGCGGUCCGCCCAGGGCCCUGGUGUUUAUUGCCCAUGGAGUAGGAGAACAUGUGGGGCCCUAUGAGGAGGUGGCUCAGAGACUCAAGGAGCUGCAGCUGCUGGGGUUUGCUCACGACCAUGUGGGCCAUGGUCAGAGCGAAGGAGAGCGCAUGAACAUCAAAGAUUUCCAGAUUUAUAUCAGAGACGUUCUUCAACACGUGGACCUCAUGAAGAACAGACAUCCAGGAAUCCCCAUCUUCUUAGUGGGACACUCUAUGGGUGGUGCAAUCUCAAUCCUCACAGCCUGUGAACGGCCCUCGGAGUUCAAAGGAGUGGUUCUGAUCGCUCCCAUGGUCCAGAUGAACCCAGACACAGCCACGCCCUUCAAGGUUUUUGUGGCAAAGGUGCUAAACCACAUGAUGCCAAGUCUGACUCUUGGAACCAUCGAGUCAAAGUGGAUUUCUCGAGACAAGAAACAGGUGGAGGCGUACGACUCAGACGAGCUGGUGUCUCAUGCCGGGAUGCGGGUGUCAUUUGCGAUUCAGUUGAUGGGUGCCAUGUCGAGGAUCGAGAGGGAGAUGCCCAACAUUGACUGGCCAUUUUACCUUCUUCAUGGAGACACAGACAAACUGUGUGACAUCAGAGGCUCUCAUAUGAUGCACGAGAAUGCCCCGAGCACCGACAAGAAACUCAAGGUUUAUGAAGGAGCAUACCACGCUCUGCACCAUGAGCUUCCAGAGGUUGCAGAAAAUGUGCUGAAGGAAAGCGAAGGAGGAAGACUCGGAGACGGAGGGAACUGGCUUGUUUGGCCGGGGCACAUAAACGCACACGGUGAGCGUGCCAAGGACGUGCGAGCCAUGAGUAUCGAGAUCCCGGUGGGGUUGACAGAGCUUCUGCAGGGCUACACGGUGGAGGUUCUGCGGCAGAGGCCCACUGACCUGGUGGAGUUUGCCGUUCAGUACUUUACCCGCCUCCGAGACACCCGGAGCCAGGACGGGGGCGGCACAGGGGCCAAGAAGGGAGUGGUAUUCGAUGGAGAGCCCAUGCAGACAGAUUCCAAUGGGGAGGAUGAAGAUGAUGACUCAGACUUUGAACCUCCACCGCCGAGCAGAUUCAACAGACGAGUGUCAGUGUGUGCAGAGGCGUUUAACCCAGACGAGGACGAUGAGGACACCGAGCCCCGAGUCGUCCACCCCAAAACAGACGAGCAGCGGUGCAGACUCCAGGAUGCCUGCAGAGACAUCCUCUUGUUCAAAACAUUAGACCAGGAGCAGUUUUCUCAAGUGUUGGAUGCCAUGUUUGAACUGAUCGUUCAGCCUCGGGAUCAUGUGAUCGAUCAGGGACAUGACGGUGACAACUUCUACGUCAUAGAGAGGGGCGUGUACGACAUCGAGGUUUCGGGGAAUGUGGUGGGACAGUACAACAACAAGGGCAGCUUCGGAGAGUUGGCGCUAAUGUACAACACGCCCAGAGCCGCCACUAUCAUUGCCACUGAGGAGGGGGCGCUCUGGGGACUGGAUCGAGCCACAUUUCGACGACUCAUUCUCAAAAACAACGCCAAGAAGAGGAGGAUGUACGAGACUUUUAUAGAAUCUGUUCCGCUGCUUAAAUCUCUCGAGGCGAACGAAAGGAUGAAGAUUGUGGACGUAUUAGGAGCUAAGCAGUUUUCUAAUGCAGAGAGAAUCAUCACACAAGGGGACAAAGCAGACUGUUUCUAUAUUGUAGAAUCUGGAGAUGUCAAGAUUAUGAUGAAGAGUAAAACGAAGGCGGACCACGCGGAUAACGCAGAGGUGGAGAUUGCCCGCUGCAGUAGGGGGCAGUAUUUUGGCGAGUUGGCUCUUGUCACCAACAAACCCAGAGCCGCCUCAGCGUACGCGGAGGGAGACGUCAAGUGUUUAGUAAUCGACGUGCAGGCCUUCGAGCGCCUGCUGGGCUCGUGUAAAGAGAUCAUGAAGAGGAACAUCACGCACUACGAGGAACAGCUGGUGGCGCUGUUCGGCUCCAGUAUGGACCUGAGGGACUGA